CUCAGUCACACUCCUUUCACGUUCAAUACCGAGCAGCAACAAGCAAUUGUAAAAAUGUGAAUUUCAACUGCGCUAUUCCAACAUUUUUGACGAGGAUAGGAAACUACUGGAGAAGGAAGAUUGCGUUGGAAUGAUCCGUUUAGAAUGUUAAAGUCGGAAAUUGAGAGACUGACGGUUGUUUUUAUUGCAGGUGUGAUUACAGCAUGAGUCCAACUGGUGACAGGCCCUGUUAGGCCUGAACAGACGGUGGUGUGUUGGUGGAGGCUCAUCAGUCUCCAGUAUGGAGUGUUUGGUAUGAGCCGUGGCCUGUCUGUUGCUUCUUGGGUCGGUCCAGUGGUGUGGUGUCCCUGUCUCUUGGCGGGAUGCUGAGGGCUGGUGGUCCCCACCAGUAUGACUCCCCUGGACAUGUGGCUAUCCCGCUCCAUCCCCAUGUGCCUGCUCCUCCAGAGCCUGGUCCUCAUGGCCCUGUGCUUCCCCUCCGCCUCCAUGUGUCCCAAGGGAUGUGUCUGCCAGAGGGCCCGACCCGACCCUGGCCUCCACCUCGGCCCGGGGCCCCUGGGGCUGCUCCUUGGCCUCAACGUCACCUGCACCGGGUCCCGGCUCAAAGAGAUCCCCCCGGACCUGCCUCCAGACACCGCCGUGCUCCGCCUCGACCACAACCAGAUCAUGGCUGUCCCCGACCACGCCUUCCGGGGCCUAAGGCUGCUGCGGGAGCUCAAUCUGUCCCACAACGCUGUGGAGACGCUGGGGGAGGGCGCCUUCAGUGGCGUGGAGGCCACACUGCAGGUCCUCGACCUCUCACACAACCGCAUCACUAGUGUACACAAGGAUGCGUUCGCCAGGCUCAAAGCACGGGUCCUGGUGGAUGACAACCCCUGGCACUGUGACUGCACACUGCAGCAGGCACUGGGCGGCAUGGCCCACAACCACGAGGCGGCUGCACGCGUCCUCUGCCGGAGCUCCGAGCUCCAGGAGCAGGAGGGACGCCAUUUCCUGGCAGUGGACACAGACCUGUGUAACCUGGCCAAGAGGACCACAGACUACGCCAUGCUGGUGACGAUGUUCGGCUGGUUUGCCAUGGUCAUCUCCUACGUGGUGUAUUAUGUACGGCAGAACCAGGAGGAUGCCCGGCGACACCUGGAGUACCUCAAGUCGCUCCCCAGCAAGCCUGUGAAGCCCAACGAGGUGGAGGACAUCAGUACUGUGGUGUAACAUGAUAUCAUCACUACUGGACACUAUAGGACAUCAGUAGUCCGGUGUGACAUCCCUAUAGUGAGAACUGACUGUAUAUCAUAGAAUUAGAUUGUCUAAUUAGUUCUAGAAUUAGAAUGACUAAUUGGUUCUAAUUCUAUGCAUGAACAGCAGAAGUUCCGACCUAAACCCGGAGAUAGGACCCAUAUUUCUAGUGUUUACAACUGGUUCCAAAUUUCAAGAUGGAUGUAACGUCUUCUGUUGUGAAAAUGUUUUUAUUUUGUCCUACCUGUGGUGUACUUUAAAAAAUCAUGAUAGAUUCAACCUGGAUCCUUGUAUUUGAAGCAUCACACUCAAUAUGUGUAAAUUACAAAAGUAAACAUUGAGAAAACCCCAUUUUUAAAAGAGGAGAAAUGCUUUAAAUGUUAGCGUUUGUCUGUUAGGCAUCAAUCUAAAGUCAAGCAUUUUGGAAUGCACAGCGUACAUGUCAGAAUAUAGACACCGGCAGUUAGUUCAUAUCAGAGUAACAGAAAGGUAUAGACUAUGGGUGUAACACAGAUGGCUUCAUUGAGAUCUGUUCUGAGAUCUGUUCUGAGAUCGUUUAAAAAAAUCUGAAUCUCAGGUUAAAUUUUUGAUAGGUUGAUAAAUCUUUUUUAGAGCAAAAUCUGGAGAAAUGGUUUGUUGGACUAAACUUUUGUAAGGUAAUCUGAAGAGUGUUCUGUGUUUGUGCAUCCAACUGCAUACUUUGUUUAAUUUUAUUUGAACAAAUAACGAGCCCCAAACAUCAAUCAUGAAAAUGACCUUACAUUUUCAUAUGUGAAAUAAUGAAAUCAAUGAUUUGUUAAAAUGACCACGACAUCACACUGUUGAAAGACUACUGAUGUGCUGUAAAAAUACUACACAUUUCUUCAUUCGCUUUGUCAAGUCCCUGUACUGUAUGUUGUUGUUGUCUUGAAACGACAAACUUGAUACAUUGCAUCUUAGUAGAUUUGUGAUGGUCAGAUAACGUAACACAAUGUUUUUUGGGGUAGAUAUCAAAUGACCCACAAGAGACUCGGUAGAUUCAAGUAAUUUGUAUGUGUGUCAUGUGAUUUACCAGUACACUAGUAGUGUCCAAGUUCUCAUGUCCUGAGUCCGAACAAGCUUUUUGUGUUACAUGUUAACACAACAACACCCCAAAACAAUACUGUGCAUUUGGUUUUUCUAUAAAAAACAAACAUUUGCUAUGA